GGGGGGGGCGGCGGGGCGGACGAGGACGACGGCCCGGUGAGACCGCGGUCGAGGACGAGCGCGGAGACGUCGCGGGUGCGGUGUGAUGGAUGUCGGUGCACGCUGGCGUAUCCGGCGGGCGCGGCGGCGGUGCGGUGCGCGGUGUGCGGGACGGUGACGCGGUGCGAGACGGGCGCGGGACGUUUGGACGGCGGACGCGCGGACGACGCGAGCGCCGCUCGAGGUGGUCCCGCGACGACGGCGCUGACGAUGGAGAACAUGGUGGUGGUGGAGAAUCCGCCGACGUUGACGGUGGACGGACGAGUGGUGACGAACAUCGCGGUCGGGGUGAAACUCGACGAUUGA